CCCCGCCUCCAGGCGCUAGCUGGUGUUUCCUGCUGCCCACCCAUCUCGGGAACCGAGGCCUGUUGAGUCACUAGCAGGGCACACGACUGACCUGAGAAACCAGGAGAAGUUCCUCUCUGCUCGAGCCGAGCAAAAAGCCUUGGACUGUUCAUCAUUUGCUGACAGAGGGCAAUGGCGGCUUCCUGUGUCCUCCUGCAUACUGGGCAGAAGAUGCCCCUGAUUGGACUAGGCACCUGGAAGAGCGAGCCUGGCCAGGUGAAAGCCGCUAUUAAAUACGCCCUGACUGUAGGCUACCGCCACAUUGACUGUGCUGCUAUCUACGGCAAUGAGCUUGAGAUCGGGGAGGUUCUGCAGGAGACCGUGGGACCCGGCAAGGCGGUGCCUCGGGAGGAACUGUUCGUGACUUCCAAGCUGUGGAACACGAAGCACCACCCCGAGGAUGUGGAGCCUGCCCUCCGGAAGACCCUGGCUGACCUCCAGCUCGAGUAUUUGGACCUGUACCUGAUGCACUGGCCCUACGCCUUUGAGCGGGGCGACAACCCCUUCCCUAAGAAUGCCGAUGGGACCAUACGCUAUGACUCCACCCACUACAAGGACACCUGGAAGGCCCUGGAGGCACUGGUGGCCAAGGGGCUGGUGCGGGCCCUGGGCCUGUCCAACUUCAGCAGUCGGCAGAUCGAUGACGUGCUCAGCGUGGCCUCGGUGCGCCCCGCUGUCCUGCAGGUGGAAUGCCACCCAUACCUGGCUCAAAAUGAGCUGAUUGCCCACUGCCAAGCACGCGGCCUGGAGGUGACUGCUUAUAGCCCUCUGGGGUCCUCUGAUCGCGCGUGGCGUGAUCCUAAUGAGCCUGUCCUGCUUGAGGAGCCUGUGGUCCGGGCACUGGCUGAAAAGUAUAACCGGUCUCCAGCUCAGAUCUUGCUCAGGUGGCAGGUCCAGCGGAAAGUGAUCUGCAUCCCCAAGAGUGUCACACCUUCCCGCAUCCUUCAGAACAUCCAGGUGUUUGACUUCACCUUUAGCCCAGAGGAGAUGAAGCAGCUGGAUGCCCUGAAUAAAAACUUGCGAUUCAUCGUGCCUAUGCUUACGGUGGAUGGGAAGAGAGUCCCAAGAGAUGCAGGGCAUCCUCUGUACCCCUUUAAUGACCCGUAUUGAGACCAUAGCUUCCGGGCUUCCCUUUUCAGCUCUUCCGCCACGGGGUCCUGCCAUCCCCAGAAAGAAGGAGUUAAUAAAGCCGUUGGAGCAUCCGUG